CCGCCGCUUAACCCGCCCAUCACUGCCGCAUCCCCGCCCGUCGCUGCCGAGCAUGCCAGCGCCCACCUUAACGAAAUCGAGGUAAAAGGCGAAGGCAUCCGCGUGCAGGACCACGGCUAUCGCACCCCUCCCAAGGGCAAGAGCCAGCCUAUCGCGCCCAUCAUUUUGCAAGCGCUACGUCGGCUGGAGGCUCGACCAGGCCCAGUGAAGGGCGCGGGCCUUCCCCUCCAGGGCGGGGCCUUCCCCUUAGCCGCGACGGCGCUCCUCGCAGGAAAUACACAGGCACUCAACCCGCCUUCCCCGCGAUCCCGCGGGAAGAGCCCCUGCGCUGCCCGGCGACGACCACGACUCUCUCUCUCCUUCAAGACAGCACGGCGGCCGUCGCCACAAAACCAAGGCCUCAUACAGGCGCUCCUGCGCACGCGCAAUCAGAGGCUCAGAGGCUUCGCGGAACACCUGGCAUCCCGCCGCCCACAAGCCUCCGGGGCCUUAAUGGGCCUCUAACAACGCCGUCGCCUGCUCUCGCUGACAAACUGGCCACG